AUGAGUGAAACAGAGGCAUUUCACAAUCCAGAAGACACAUAUGUGCUUGUAACAGGCGCAAACAGUGGCCUCGGGUUCUCGACAUGUUGCCGCCUCGCCGAUGACUUCCUUAAAACCCGUCCGCCAACUGCAUCCCUAAACAUCAUUUUCACAACCCGUAGCGCCCGCAAAGCGCAAGACACAGCCCGCCGCCUCGAAGCCCACCUCCGCACCACUGCCCCCUUCCCCGAGGAUUUCUCGCGCGUGCGCUUUCUUCCCGAGAGCGUCGAUCUCGGAUCCCUCGUCUCCGUCCGUGCCUGCUCCCGCAGACUCAAUUCCACCUUCCCUAAACUCGAUGCUAUCAUCCUGAACGCCGGGGUUGGCGGGUUUUCCGGUAUCGACUGGCCCAACGCGAUUUGGAAAGUCUGCACCGACCUCUUGCACAGCGUGACAUGGCCCGACUACAAGUUGUCACCCGUGGGCGUAUUGACUGAGAAACAGACAUGCAAGGAACUGGAAGAACCAGCCUUGGGCGCGCUGUUCUGCGCCAAUGUCUUUGGGCACUACAUGCUUGCGCAUAACGUGAUGCCCUUGUUGAAGCGAGCAAAGACGCCAGAUGGUCCUGGACGUGUGGUUUGGGUGUCUAGUAUUGAGGCGACGAUAGAGCACUUCGAUGUAGGGGAUAUUCAAGCCUUGCGCUCUGUUACGCCUUAUGAUUCUUCGAAGGAGCUUACGGAUAUCUUGGCUUUGACCUCCGAUUUACCUGGUACUGCGCCGUGGGCAGUGAAAGGUUUCUUGAGUUCGGAUGAUUGUGAUGAUGCAAAUGGCGACUCUGUCGUGCCUACCAUGCAUGUCUCCCACCCUGGUGUCUGCGCUACGGCUAUCAUCCCGCUUGCCCUGCCUCUUAUCUGGGCUAUGAUGAUUGCAUUCUGGGGAGCUCGUAUGCUCGGAUCCCCCUGGCACAAUAUGUCUACCUACCUCGGCGCUAUUUCUCCGGUGUCCCUUGCUCUCUCGUCCAAGACUGAAAUUGAAGCUGCCGAGAAGCCGUAUCGCCAGGCUGGCGGUGGAAAGCCGAAAUGGGGCUCGUCUACCUCGCGGCUCGGAACUGCAAGUGUAGUCUGCACAGAAGUCGAGGGCUGGGGUUAUGGCGGAGUUGUUGGUACCCCUGUUGUGGAGGCUGAUCGGCAAAGACGUCGAAAACGAAGAGCGACCUAUCUUACUGUGGAACAGAAAGAGAAUUUCGAGGAGCUUGGGCGACAGUGUUGGAAGCAGAUGGAGGAGUUGAGGGUCAAGUGGGAUGGGAUCCUGGAUCAAGCCGAGAAGAUGCAGAAUGAUCGGUGA